AUGCCGGGAAGCUCGAGCGGCCCCGGCGACCAACACCCGCCUCAAGAUCUUCCCCGUCGGGAACGGCCCUGGUUACUUCCCUACAACCGGAAGAUCAGGCAUCUCCAGGGCAUCACCAUCCGUAACUUGACCCUCGUGCAGGCCACCGGACGCCCACGCCGAGGCACUAUCGAUGAUGACGCGAUCCCCUCGUCUCUGAAGACUCCCACCAAGGCUUUGGCUCAGCGUGAGAGCCGCAAGCUCGAACAUUCUCGGUCUUCCAACGACCUAAGAUCCAACGACCUCAAGCCCAUCAGCGAGUCUGCCGUGACCGAAGGCCCAAAGCCGGAUAACAAUGAUCCUCCUGCUCCAGAUGUGUCUCUCAGGCCCGCCAUCGCCAGGAUGCGCCGCAGAAGCACCAUGGAAUGGUCGGGAGCGAGCCCGUUGCAGCGCCAAAAGAAGCUCGAGGACGUGACUGGCGGACGCAUGGCCAAUACUUUUUUCUCGCUGCACGUCGAUGGCGUUGAUGAGCCGGUGUACGUGAGCGAGGAGGUCGAGAAGGCAAUGAACCCUGACUUCCGCUUCUUCGACCUACAUCCAUGGGGCCCAGCCGUGACCAGGUUGGACGAGCUCACUGUCAAGGUCUGGGUCAAGAGCGACACCAUGACCGAGCACCAGCAUCUCUUGGACAUUGCCGUCAAUUUCCGCUCCCUGCAGUUCAUUGGCAAAUCAAAUUGCAUUCUGUUCCACUUCACCGAUGGCAUAUACACCAGUUUCAUGGACCUCGCCUCCGAAGCCUAUCGCCUCGAUUGGACUACCGCCCCGGCUAAAUCGACAUCCGCACCCCCUCAACCGACUUCAUCCUACGAUCAACUAAUGAGGCUUUCCACCCUGGAUGACUGCAUUCAAGAUGCCUUGGCCACGCGCGACCGUCUAACCACAGAAAUCAAUGCUAUCAUUGAGAGGAAUGACGAAGCGCUUUCUACGGUGAACCACGUUCCCGAGGCCCAGGAGAGGCUAAAGCAGGUUGAGGCGUUGGUAGCUUCCCAGAGGAGACGGCUGGAAGCUGCCAGAAAGAAGCGCAAUGAUCUACAAGCCGGCAUCAAGUACCGUCGCGAGACCAUGCGGAAAGGAAGAGAAAUGCAGACUCAGACGUUGGAAGACAUUGAGCACGGCAAGGAGCAGCUUGAGGAACGGAAGAUCACUCUGCAGCAGGUCCAGGAUGAGAUUCUCGGCCACAGACGUCGUGUCUGCGAAGAUCUGCUCAAAAUCUACCCAAUCGAGCCCAUACCCGGCCGUUCCCUUUACUUCACCAUAAAAGGCCUUCCGCUCCCCAACUCCGAGUUCGACGACGUCCGAGAAGACGUCACCGGCGCCGCUCUCGGCUACGUCGCCCAAGUCGUGGCGCAUUUGUCCGUAUACCUCUCCCUCCCACUGGCUUACCCCAUCGACCCCAAGGCAUCGCACUCGACGAUCGACGACCCCAUCUCGAUGACUAACGGGCCCCGCACGUACCCGCUGUUCAUGCGCGGCGCGGUGCGCUACCGCUUCGAGUACGGCGUCUUCCUGCUGAACAAGAACAUCGAGCUGCUGUCCAACGAGCUCGGCCUCAAGCUGCUCGACAUCCGCCAGACGCUGCCCAACCUCAAAUACCUCCUCUACGUCGCCACGGCCGGCAAGGGCGACAUCCCGGCGCGCAAGGCGGGCGGCUUCCGCGCGCUGCUCAGGUACCCCGGCACUCCGAACGACUCGCGCAGAGCCUCUGUUGAUAGCACGGUGGCUAACGGUGCUGCGCCGCAAGAGAAUGGAGGGCUGCGCGCCACCGGAUCGACGACGCUAGCUUCGCCGACGAAAACGACGGCACCUGAUAAGGGUGAAGCGGCAGCGGCAGCGGCCUCUUUGGUGAAGGGCGGCGGCACCGACAAUAAUCGGAUUAGCUUCGCUGCCACGCCGAGCUUCAAGAUCCAUAAGCCGGCAGCGGCGCUCGGUAGCGUGUCCUGA